AACGCGUUGUAAAAUGGCGGACGGCGAUUUGUGAAUGCAGAAUUUUGCUCAUUGUGAAUUUUUCAUUGAAACAGACGUGUUACUUGUGUGUUAUUUUAGGAAAGUAGAAAUUAAAACCGUAAUUCAAGAAUUAGUUAAUUAAAAUACCUAUUUUGUGUAUGUGACAAAACAAUGUGUGUGUAAUUUUGUGAGUUUUAUUCCUGGUGAAACAGUGGCGUGGUGAAAAAUGACUCAGUUUUUGCCACCAAACUUGCUUGCGCUGUUCGCGGCGAGGGACCCGAUCCCCUACCUGCCGCCAGCGGCCAAGCUCCCUCAUGAGAAGAAGCAGAAAGGCUACGAUGGAGUCGGCGCCUUCCUCAACGUUUUUGAGCACCCUUCAGAAACCCCGCCACCGACUCGAGUGGAGACCCGCGAGGAGAGACUGGAGAGGCGGCGACGGGAGCGCGCCGAGCAAACCGCUUACAAACUGGAGCAGGAGAUCGCGCUGUGGGACCCGGCCGCCAACCCCAGAGCCACUACUGACCCCUUCAAGACGCUGUUUGUGGCUAGGAUUAACUAUGACACUUCAGAAUCAAAACUCAGAAGAGAGUUUGAAGGAUAUGGACCUAUUAAAAAGAUAUACAUGGUGUACAGCAAAGAGAACGACAAGCCGCGCGGCUACGCAUUCAUCGAGUACGAGCACGAGCGCGAUAUGCACUCGGCGUACAAGCACGCGGACGGCAAGAAGAUCGACGGCAAACGUGUACUGGUGGACGUGGAGCGAGCCAGGACUGUGAAAGGAUGGCUGCCGAGGCGGCUGGGCGGCGGGCUCGGCGGCACGCGGCGCGGCGGCGCGGACGUGAACAUCAAGCACUCGGGCCGCGAGGACAACGAGCGCGAGCGAGAGAGAUAUAGGCUGGAGCAGCACCGCGACCAGCACCGCGACCGCGACCGCGACCGGGACCGGGACCGCCGGCGCCGCAGCCGCAGCCGCUCGCGCCGUCGCUCCACAUCCCGCUCCAGGAGGCGCGACCGCGACCGCACGAAGGACGACGAGGCUACCGACAGCAGUCGAAGGCGCAGACGCUCCCGAUCCCGUUCCGAGCGGCGCGCGGGCCGGGCGCGCUCCGAGCGGCGCGACAAGAAGCGCGCGCGCCGCGACCGCGACCGCCGCGAGCCCAAGCUCAAGGCAGAGGACGUCAAGGUCAAGCAGGAGCCGCACGACGACUACCCAGAGUUCAGCAUCCCGCCCAUGGACGUCCAAAUCAAGCAGGAGCCACGCGACGACGAGAACAAAUACAACCCCGAGGACGCAAACGGGGACGAAUACAACUACUGAUCUUCCCAACCGCCACCCCCACGGCACGGCCGCGCUUCUAUUGUAUUACGCUCAGCCACGUUCAUGUUACAAGAGAAGAUGACGUUCCCAAAAUCCACCCUAUUCCCAUUUGCCACCCUUGUGCAGGUUAGUACUAAUAGUACAAGCCAGAAUUACGUUUACACUCAGAAUGAAAAGCCUGACAAAAAUAAAUUAGUCUUAUGAAAUAGAAAAGCAUUAUUUUAUAUUUUUACAAUAGCAACAAAUUCUCAUUUUAGGGUAUUCUCUCUCAUUCAACAUUGCAAGUUGAAAAGGGACAAGUCGCUUAGCGUUCGCGUAAACUCUAGAACGUAUUCAAAAGCCAAUAAAGUAUUCACCUGGCAACAAUCCUAUAGUGCUUGUGUACUGGCAACACCAAUACGGUGGAUUUUACAGUAAAAUACUGGCAUAUGGCGAAUAAAAAUUACAACGAAUUGAAACAAACAUUUAAAAAAGACUAUUUUUUUAACAUAUGAAUCACAACGUUGCCAAAUUGCCACUUAGUCCGGCAAUGUUGCCAAUUCACACGUUGCCAGGUGGAUAGUUUUAACACAGCUUAAAAUAUCCAGCUGAUUCGUUGCCAACGCACAAUAAAAUUAUGGUUUGGAUAUUGUUUACUACAACGGGUAAGCUCUCGGCUUGCUUCUCACCUGAUAGAAAGUAAUGAUCAGCCCGAAGGUGGAAUCUAUUUUCAUUCGGAAUCCUCAAUCUUAGAGGAACUGGCUAUUUUACCUUCAAUUUCUCCAAUAGUCCUUGUACACUAUGUAUUAAAUUUUUAUAAGCUUGCCACAAAUAGGCAAGAUUCACUCUAUUUUCAGCCUUACUGUAUAGAGCUAUAGUUUAAAAUAUAUUAGGGAAAUUCGUCUCUUAAGUCGACUAGCUACUAUGGCUGUAACCAAUUCUUUGACGCAUUUUUUAUAAUAUCUGAGAUUAACUAGCACUUUAUGAUCUCACGUUUAAGAAUGUUUUUAAGAAUUGGACUUUUUUAUUAGUACCAAUGUUGUAUUAUUCAUUUUAUUAAGUUUAUUGUAUUACAAAUGCAUACAGCAUCCAUUUUAAUUCCUAGCUCAAAUCAAUUUUGUGAAAUCUUUGUUUCUUAUUGGGAUAGGAAGGAGUGAGAUCUAUUUUUAAAUGUAUCGUCCUAGGUCUGUUAUAAAAACUCAAAACACAGUCCAAACUCAGGGCUAGAAGUUUUUGAUUAGUUGAAUUACAGUACAGUGUCGCUUAAGAAUGAUUCAACAAAGAAAAAGAAUAAAAUUGAUUCUACUGCUCAAAUGCCACCUUACUUCAGAAUAAAUAUCUUUCCCCCAAAAAAUUGUCGUCCCCAAAUUAAUUGGCUGAUUACUGAUGACAAUUUGUGUAGAAAGGUAAUUAUUUGUUGUAAGAUUUGAAUUUCCUUCUUUUUCUGGGGGAAAGUUGCUUCAUUUCAGCCGUAGAAUCUUAUCGUUUUUGUUAUUCGUACUUAAAGCGACACCCUAUAAUUUAGAUCAAUCAUAGGACAGAAACUAUGACCGAGUUUAAGUUUUGUUUGUAACGGAUCGUAGAUAUUUGAAAGGACAGCUGCAUAUUUUAGCUGUGUUGUUAGGAAUCAAUAGCAAUAUUCUUAUAUUGUGCGGUAGUCUUAGUUGUAAGGUAUGGACUAAAUAAAUUCGUGAUAAGUA